AUGAAGAUCUUGUGGCUAUGGUUGGUUGUCGGCGGCAUCGCUCGUGGAUAUGGAGCAAGGAAUCGUCCAUUAAUCUUGGUUCCUGGACUUACAGGCAGCGCGCUGGAAGUGAAGGAGCGUGAUUCACCAAUGCCUCACUUCUGGUGCAAGCGCACAUCCAAUGAAUGGAUGCAAAUAUGGGUCAGCGCUGUACAAGCCUUGCCAUGGGAGAUCGAUUGCUUGAUGGCACGCAUGACUUUGACGUAUGAUGCCGCCACAGAUGUCUAUUCGAAUUUGGCCGGCGUUGAAUUGCGAGCGCUUGGUUGGGGCAACGGCACGGCAAACGGCAAAAGCCACAAGGACAUUUUGUACAACUACCAGUUCGACACGAUGCUGCACCACUUGCAGCAACAACUUGGGUACGAAUUGGGGACCGACGUGUUCAUUGCUCCAUAUGACUGGCGCCUGGCGGGUGAUGCUCAUUCCAAACCUGCGAACGGGGUUGGCGGAUACUACCAGCAGCUGCAGGGUCUUAUUGAAAAGACAGUUCAGGCUGGUGGGUUGUUGUUUGUCGUGACGUGUUUGAGUUGA